CUCGCUAAAAAAUAGCAAAGAUUCUGUCUGGACAGAUUCCACUUCGAAUCAAAGUAGCAAUUCGAUCAACUCUUAUUUCUCUUUGUACAACUUCCCGCAAUAACUGGAAAAUGUUUGGGCUAUUUGGCACUCAGUUUUCCCCCGAAAAGGACAUACCUUCGCAGGAGGGAAAAGUCAUUGUCGUUACUGGAGGCAACGCUGGAAUUGGCAGAGAGACGAUACUGCAGCUAUGCAAGCACUCGCCGAAAAAGGUCUUUCUCGCCACCAGGAAUGAGGCAAAGGCGAGAGAAGCCAUUGAGUCCAUCAACUCUCAGCUCUCUCAGCCCGCCGACAUUGUGUUUGUGCCGCUCAAUCUCAGCAACCUGGCUUCAGUCGCCGCCGCCGCAGACACUCUCAACGAGAGCACUGACCGAAUUGACCUGCUCUUUCUAAAUGCCGGCAUCAUGAACCUGCCGCCAACCCAGACUGACGACGGAUUCGACAUCCAGCUUGGUACCAAUCACGUCGGCCACUUCCUCCUCACCAAGCGGCUGCUCCCUCUGCUCAAGCAAACUGUGACCAAGUACAAUGCCGACGUGCGAGUCUUGUCCAUCUCAUCCAUGGCCAACAUGGCGGCACCGUCACUCGACACCAUCAUUUCCGAGGACCUCUGGAAAAAGGGCGGAUGGACGUCAUAUGCCUCCUCCAAAGCCGCCAACAUCCUCUUCGCUGCCGAGCUGGCCAAGCGACACCCCGAGAUCACCGCCGUGUCCGUCCAUCCUGGCCUGAUCAAGACGGAUCUAUAUAGCGACACUUUUGAAGGCAGCUACUUUAUGAGAUAUGGAAUGGCGUUGGUUGGUCCCUUGGUAUACCGCGACGUGGUAUAUGGCGCUUUGACACAGCUCUGGACCGCUACCGCAGAGAAGAGCAAAGUUCAUCAGGGUGGAUUUUAUACGCCGGUAGGAAAGCUGCAGAAGGGGAAUUCGUGGGCCAAUAAUGCUGAUGCGCAGAAGAGGUUAUGGGAGUGGACAGAGGAGAAGUUGAAGGAAAAGGGAUACUAAAACAGGUCCCUUUUCCUUUAUGAGUGCUAUGCCUAUGUUUUUUUGUUUUUGCGCCAUCGAUUUUGUAAACUGCUUGCAUUUGUGGCGGGUAUGGCUUUGCGGUAUCGCUUAUGGUCAAUUUGUUGUUUCAUCUUGUCUCGCUCUCAAAGUACACGAAGGUAUUGGAAGUAGGCGGCUGGUGU